AUGGAACCCGAGCUGGCAGCCCAGAAGCAACAUCGGCCUGGGCGAAGCCGUCGAGCCUCCGGACUCAGCUCGGAUGGCGCCGCUGGGCCUGCAGACGCUCGGGGUCUCGAGCCUGCUGACACCUGGGAACCCGGGCCUGCUGACACCCUGGGGCCAGAACCCAACGGCAGAUAUUCCCUUCGGAGAGGAAGCUCCUUCACAUUUUUAACACCUGGCCCCCACUGGGACUUUACUUUGAAAAGAAAACGAAGAGAGAAAGAUGAUGGUGUUGUAAGUCUUAGCAGCCUUGAUCUGAAGGAGCCAAGCAAUAAAAGAGUUCGACCUCUAGCUCGGGUCACAUCCUUGGCAAAUUUAAUCUCUCCUGUAAGAAAUGGAGCAGUCCGGGCCCUCCCUGUCUGACGCUUUGGUCAAACAAUACAGUCACUUGCCCUCCGUGGUGACAACAGGUCCCCGACUUCUGCCCAGAAGUUCUCAAGCAGAUCAACAGUCCCGAUGCCUACCAAGAGGAGUAGUGUUCUGUGGUCAGAAAAGCUAGACAUCAAUAUGAAGGAGUCCUUAACUACCAAUGAAAUCAAACGUCAGGAGGCAAUAUAUGAACACCGGGGGGAACAGGAUUUAAUUGAGGAUCUUAAACUUGCAAGAAAGGCCUACCAUGACCCCAUGUUAAAGUUGUCUAUUAUGUCAGAAGAGGCACUUGCACAUAUAUUUGGUGAUUUGGAUGCUUACAUACCUCUGCAUGAAGAUUUGUUGGCAAGAAUUGGACAAGCAACCAAGCCUAGUAGAGCAGUGGAGCAGAUUGGGCACAUUCUUGUGAACUGGUUGCCAGGCGUGAAUGCCUACAAAGGCUACUGUAGUAACCAGCUAGCAGCCAAAGCUCUUCUUGAUCAAAAGAAACAGGAUCCAAGAGCCCAAGACUUCCUUCAGUGAUGUCUGGAGUCUCCCUUCAGUCGAAAACUGGAUCUGUGGAGCUUCUUAGAUAUUCCUCGAAGUCACCUAGUCAAAUACCCUUUACUAUUAAAAGAAAUUCUGAAACAUACUCCAAAAAAUCACCCUGAUGCUCAGCUUUUGGAGGAAGCUAUAUCAAUAAUACAAGGAGUUCUUUCUGAUAUCAACGUGAAGAAAGGUGAAUCAGAAUGCCAAUAUUACAUUGACAAACUGGAAUAUCUGGAUGAAAAACAGAAGGACCCUAGAAUUGAAGCGAGCAAAGCAUUACUUUGCCAUGGGGAACUGAAGAAUAAAAAUGGACAUAAACUUUACAUUUUCCUGUUUCAAGACGUCUUGGUUUUGACUCAGCCUGUUACACGGAAGGAGCGCCUCUCCUACCAAGUGUACUGGCAGCCCAUCCCCAUCCAGGAGUUGGUUGAAGACCUGCAGGAUGGAGAUGUUAAAUUGGGGGGGUCCUUUCGAGGGGCUUUCAGCAACUCAGAUAAAGCUAAAAAUAUCUUUAGAGUUCGCUUUCAAGAACCCUCCACAGGGCAGUCCCACACUCUGCAAGCCAACGAUGUGUUCCACAAGCACCAGUGGGUCAGCUGUAUUCGCAUGGCCAUUGCCCUUUUCCAGCAGGUGACCAGCUCCACCGAGCUGCAAGGUCUGGCAGAGCUCCGCGAGGAGUGUGAGGAGAACAACCCCGCCGCCGGCAACAUCGACACCCAGAGGAGGGCGUCCACGGCCUCCACGGUGACCCAGGGGGACAUUGAGGGAGUCACUUCAGAAUGUGGCUCCCCAGUACACCCCGCAGACAGCAUGAAGAGUGUGAAAAGCCACCGAUCAUGGCCCUGCUUCCUAAACAAAAGGGACAGAGCCUCAAACGGCGGCAAACGGAAAGAGACUUUGGUGUAA